AUGCCAGUUACCAGUCCCUUGAUGGGAUUUGAAAAGGACUUCGAUAUUCGAACCGCCGAAACAGUCGCCAAAUGGAAUCAUAAGAAGGACAGCCUCCUUUCAAAUCUAGAGGAAUUUUACAAAGAAGAAUGUUUCAAACAGGGUUCCAAAUUUUCAAAAAAGAUCGCCCUGAAAGUCAUGCAAGCUUUUAACGAGAUGGCCCGUAGUUCGCUCGAAGACCUGCUCGAAUGGGUCCAUACCACACAACGGAGUCAGGACGAUGAGUCCAAGCGCCAGAUAAAAGAUCUGAUAUUUAGUAUAGAGGAUCGUUUUCAGAGUCACACGUCACGAAUCGAGAGAGAAAGGCAUCUCGCAGAACAACGGCUGCUCGUGACGGCGAGGAGCAGGCCCUCUAACCCUGCAUCAAACCCUGAGCAGAAGCCAGAAAAGCCCAUACCAAAACAUCGAACUUCCGGGCUCAAACGCGUUGGCAGUGCUGGGAACGCUUUCGAGCGUGCCAAAGUUACUGAGAGGAUCAUACUUGGCCAACAUGCUAAUUGGCAGCCAAGACCCCCUCGUCAUUCUCGUCGGAGACAGAAUGCUAUGCGCAUGGAAAAGACCUUAAGUGGUCUAAAUGAGAACUCUAGGAAGUUGUGGCUGUACAACCGAGCACAAACUUAUGGUAACCCGAAGGGACCGGCUCGUCGCACCUCCGUUAUGGCCUCUAGACCGCCCACAGCGAUCCGGCUCAAAAAGCGGCACACAAGAUCUCUAGAUCAGGAGCUCAAUGAUUCCGAGUUGCAAUGUGACGAGCCUGACGAUGUUCCUGAUAAUAUACGCGCAAAACCUUCCUUUGAGCAUGAGCCUAUCGCUUCUCAGGGUUAUAGGCUUCCUGGCAUAGGCGAAGGACUCCUUAUGGACGACGCAUUGGUUCUUGGGCAACAACUCAAUGAAGAGUUCAGUACCUCAUCCUUUCUGGCUGAUAUAGGAGAAGACUCGGAUGGUGGGGAUACCGAAGUCGAACAAAUGGCCGAGGAGGGAAAAGGGCAACAGAAGAGGGAUCUUGAAGAGAAACCUCAACCUGGGCCUGAUGGCACUAUCAUGCUUUCGCCCUACAUGGCAAUGCGGCUCUGGAAAACCCUCCUGCAUAACAACGAGCGCAUCGAUUUCGCAAUAGCAGGAUGCGAAAACCUGGAAAAGUACGACAUCAAUGCGAGUUCCGUGAAUGAACUCAUUGAUACCUGGGUGCUGGCAAUAAAGGAACACCACAAUAAAUUCAGUCUCAUCAAGAAUUUCUUUGCUGAUAUCGCUCGCCAUGUGCUCGAAGUCGAUCUCCCUCCAAACGUCGCCCGGAAAUCGGAAGCCUCUCCCUCUAGCUCUAUGCUUGGACACUCAGAAACUUCUGCGGGCACGAAAGGCUCUCAGUGUUUGUCAACUGCUCCUUCCAGCGGAUCUCGCGAUAGCUUCGUUAGUAGUGACGAUGACUAUGACGGUGAUAAUGCAGAGAUGAGCGCAAGUAGCGAAACGAAGAGUCCUGUUUUCCCAGACAAUAAGCCAGUGGCGAACUUCGGACCUGGAUUUUCUCAAGAUUUCAGCGUUUGGCAGCAAAAGAUCAAGAAAAACAGAGAGUCCGUGACCCGGGGCCCUUAUCUAAGCCCUCCUUCGUCUGCUGGAACGCAAGAUUGUACGACGCCGCAAAGCAGCCCGAGAGACGGAGACUCACCCAAGAAGUGGCAGAGUAGUCCAAAGGAGGAGAAUACUCCACAGAAGGACAGUAAUGAAGAGAAGGAGGCUGUCUCUGAAGAUAAGAAAGGAGAUGGCCCUGCUGGAGACAUGUCGAGCAACGGCGCUGGUGAAUCAUCCUCAGACAUACCUGAGGCAUCUCAAGAGACGAACGCGCCAGCACCAGGGAACAGUGAUGGCAGCGAUGAUCCGGAUUCUACCAAAGGAGCUACCGCCGAUAUUGAGUCGUCACAUUCAUCAACAAAGGCUUCUGGCAUCUUCCAAUCCUUGAAACCGGGGCUUAGGUUCUUGCUAGUGCUGGUGAAGCUGUUUAUACUCGAACAGUUCUGGGCUUGGUGUGCCGUUGUCAGCUUUGUCUAUGAACUUAUCUCCUGGUCUUGUCUCCGUUUCUUCAUGCGUAAGAGUGUGGAAGACGACGGCAAAGCACUGAAAUUCCCCAACCUACUUACGUAUGCAGAGAUGGGUGCUGUUAUCAACCAUGUUUUUUUCCUGCUUCUUCUUGGGUCGUGGUUGGACAUACGCGAGGAAAGACACCUGUGGGAUAUUGCCAACGGCCAGACGAGGGAUCAUAUGUUGACGUAUAUUGCGAUACAAACGUCAUGGGUAUCAACUUUGGCCUCUUAUUAUACAAGCUCAUUAUGGUAUAUUCUUGGACCUGUGAAGGUAUUGCUAUCCUGGAUCUCGGCCAGUCCGAGAGUUUUUAUGCAGUUUCUGGAUUCAUUUGUAAUUCCAUUAUGGACGUGUUUGACAGAUGUCGUUGAAAGUGCAGUCUUGGUAAUCAAGACAUACAAACUGACAGGUGGCUGA